ACACACAUCUCGAUGACGUUCAGUGGUUUCCUGUGUAAUUUUUUGAAGUAGAAAUUAUAGAGAUCUAGACUAAGUCUAGCAUAUUUUCUAUUUGAAUGUAAAAUAGAUUUGUCUAGAUAGAAAUAGAGAUCUAUAGAUCUAAAUAAUGCCGUCAUCUGUUGCCAAAAAGCCUUUGUUUCCUCCGACACCUGAACCUGCUUCAGAGCAACAGACAGUACAAGCUCCAACUGUGAUAGUCAUACAACCUGGAUCUGUAAAUUUAAGAAUAGGUCGUGCAUCUGAUGCAUUCCCAAUUACUGUCCCACACUGUGUAGCAAGAAAGUGUUUGGAUCCGAGUAAACGGCUAGCAGAUGACUACAUGCUCCUGAGGCCAGAAUGUAAUCACCCUGAAGCUGGUCAACAGAUACGAGCUGGCUUGGCAUCUAUUGAAGAAAUGCUGCUGACUCGUCCUACUCAGACAGGGGAAUAUAGACAGAUAACAUUACCUAGACAGUUAAUGGCAUUUAAUUCACAAGUUCCGCCAGAAACAUUGAAAUCUACAGAGUCACCAGCAUGGACAAAUAUAGAAAAGAAACCUCCAUAUUUAGUGGGUGAUGAGGCUCUCUACAUACCUUCUAGAGAAAGCUAUCGUCUCAGUUGGCCUAUGAGGCGGGGUCGGCUAAAUAUUCAUGAUGGUCCUGGUGGUUCACUAACAGCUGUUCUUGCAGACCUUGAGACAAUUUGGGGACAUGUGUUACAAGAACAUCUUGAGAUUCCCAUUAAAGAUCUCAAACACUACAGAGCUGUGUUAUUAAUACCUGAUGUCUAUGUGCACAAACAUGUCAAAGUUUUAGUUAAUCUUCUCUUGAAUACACUUGGGUUUGCAGCAGCCAUAGUUCAUCAGGAAUCUGUCUGCGCUACUUAUGGUUCAGGUCUAACAGUUGCAUGUGUUGUGGAUGUUGGGGACCAGAAAACCAGUGUUAGUUGUGUAGAAGAUGGUAUAUCUCAUAGAGCCAGCAGAUUAACAAUGGAAUUUGGUGGCAGUGAUGUCAGUCGACUUUUCCAUUCCCUACUUGCUCGGUGUGGUGUAGCUCUGCCAGAAUUGAAUCUUACUAAUCCUCCUGAUGUUAUACAGAUGCAAGGUUUAAAAGAAACCUGCUGCCAUUUGAAUCAAGAUCAGUAUGGAAUAACCCAGCAGUGUCUAGAAAUUCAUCGCCCAGAUAAUAUGUUAUUGAAGUACAAAGUUAAGCUUGGAGAUGAACCUAUUUUAGCUCCCAUGGCUUUGUUUAAACCAAUGGCUUUUGGUCUUCUUGGUGACCACCUUAUUCGUGUUCAGUCUCGAUUUGAAGGUGAUCCUGAUGAUCCACAUGAUGAAGAGUACUUGAGGCAAACACAACGACAGUCCUGGGCAGGUCGAAUGGGAAGUUCCAAGAAAGAUACUGCUGAUAUGUCCAGAGAUACAUCAGAACAAAAUCUGAGUCAGUUAGAUGACCUGAACAGUGGACCACUUGAUGAUGAUUCCAAUGAUGUCCCUGAUGUUAUGACUGCAACAGAAAAUAAAUCUACUCGCAGAGGGGAUGAUGAGGAUGAUGUAGAGAUGGAUGAAGAAAAUGAUUUGCAUUUAAUGGGUGUAGAUGAAGCAAUCAUUCAUAGCAUUGAAAAAUGUGACUCUGAAGAGCUGAGACGUAAGCUAUACAGUUGUGUUCUAGUUGUUGGAGGUGGACUACAGUUUGAAGGGGCUGUCCGAUGGCUGCAGUACCAAGUGUGGCAUUCUAUUCCUCUUACCAUGAGACAACAGUUAGACAAUUUGGAAAUCAUAACUAAGCCAAAGGACAUGAAUGCUAGCUGUACCUCUUGGAAAGGUGGAGCUAUCCUUGCUUGUCUUGAUUCAACACAAGAACUCUGGAUUCGCCAGCGAGAAUGGAAACAAUUUAGUGUGCGACUACUUCGAGAAAGAGUUCCAUUUAUUUGGUAGUUUUGUUCAAGUCUUUGUAUUUUACAAGGCAUUAAAAAGUGUAAAUAUUUUUGUAAAA